CCUGGUCGCCGGUCACGUGGGGCGGGGCCGGUGCGUUGUCGCCGCCGUCGGGACGAGGCCUCCGGUCAACGCCGGGGAGGAGCUCAGGGUUCGUGUGGUUUAGACGGUGGCGGAGAAAUAGCGGUGAGAUCGUCCCGGUGAGCGCCGGCGUGCGGAGGUCGGCUAUCCGCUGCCGGGAUGGAGGCGGAGGACGGAGAGCAAGUGGCGGAUGACGGAGAGCGAGUGGCGGAGGACGGAGAGCGAGUGUCGGAGGGCGAGGACCAACCGGCCGUAGCCGGGAGCGAGGAGCAGUCGGCCGCAGGCGUGCUGGAGGUGGCGGGCGGGGAGAGUGACGGCGCGGCGGCGGAGGCCCACAUCUGCUCGGUGUGCGGUCGCAGCUUCGAGCAGCCGGAGGAGCUGGAGGCCCACGCGGAGGAGCACGGCGGCGAGGUGCGGUACGAGUGCGAGGUGUGCGGCGAGUGGUGGCUGUACCCCCGGCUGCUGGAGGCCCACCGCCGUAUCCACACCGGCGAGACUCCCUACGCCUGCACCCUGUGCGGCAAGGGCUUCACCCGCUCUGGCAACCUGCUGGCGCACCAGCGGGUACACACCGGCGAGCGCCCCUUCCCCUGCCCGCAGUGCGGCAAGGCAUUCAAGACCUCGCAGCACCUGAAGGAGCACUGGCGGGCACGUCGCUGCGCCGGCCCCGGCCCCGUCCUGCCCGCCCGCAUCACCCACCGCUGCACCGACUGCGGCAAGGACUUCCGCAGCGCCGACGAGCUGGAGGACCACCGCGGCGCCCACACCGGCGAGCGGCCCUUCGCCUGCCCCGUCUGCGGCAAAGCCUUCCCGCAGGCGUCCGGCCUCCGGCGACACCGUAUCGUCCACACCGGCGAGAAGCCCUUCACCUGCUCCGUCUGCGGCAAGAGCUACAGCCAGUCGUCCAGCCUGGUGGCCCACCUCACCGUCCACACCGGCGAGUGCCCCUAUUCCUGCCCCGACUGCGGCAAGGGCUUCACCCGCCUCUCCCACCUCAGCCAGCACCGGCGGGUGCACACCGGCGAGAGACCCUUUGUCUGCGCCCAGUGCGGCAAAGGCUUCACCCACUCGUCCAGCCUCCUGCGGCACGGGCGCGUCCACUCCGGGGAACGUCCCUUCGCCUGCCCCCUCUGUGGCCUGGAGUUCUCACAGUCCUCCCACCUUCGCCGCCAUCUGCCCGCCCACACCGGCACCAAGCCCUUCGUCUGCUCCGAGUGCGGCAAGGGCUUCACCGAAUCCUCCAACCUGCUGAGGCACCGGCAGAUCCACACCCGCGACUGAUCCCAUCCCUUAUCCUCCCCUCACCUACCCUACCAUCUCCUCCCCUCCCCGAUCCUCCCCUCCCCUCACCUACCAUCCCCUCCCUGAUCCUCC